CUCUAGAUUCCUCUAGAUUUGAUUAGUAAUCUGAUUAAUUCUCGCAAAAUGUCCGGUUCAAAACGCACGCUAAGUAAAGGGGCUCCGACACCACCGGCAAAGCGGCCGACUGGAGACCACGUGGAAAUGGCGCGGAUCAAGUUUCAGGACCAAAUUUUCAGUGCCAUGAAGAUCUAGUGACCCUAACGCGGUCAAAUGCCUACAAUGAGGUGCGAGGAUAUGUGUAUCUCAAAGAACUUUACAUUCACAUGUCAUAUCUGAUGACGUACGGAAUUGAACAGUUCAAGAACCUGAAGGAGAAGUGCAUCAUGGACAUGCGUGGAAUGGGAUUCAUGAACGAUGCCAAUAAUUUGAAAAACGGUCAGCUGGCAACUGGAAAACAAGCCAGCGAUGACGAAGAUAAUGAUAUCGAAAUUGUGGAGCCCAAAAUCGAUAUCAUUAUAAUUGAUUCGGACGACGAAGAUUCGGACUCCACUUCGCCGAAAAAGGCGCGGGCACAGUCGCCCAAUAAAACCCAGGAAACCUCAAUGACUUCAGCCGCUCCUAAAAAGGAGGAAGGGGAAACUGAGGCGGACAUGGACAUCGAUUACUAUGAAAUCGUCGCCAAAUUGCUAGAGGGGUGGCCGGACUUUGAGACAAAUUCGUCUUAGAAUAAAAAGCCGCCUGGCUAGAAAACGGCGAACAAACCCAAUCAUUAGAGAAGCAUUAGAGAGGAAGGAGUAUGCAGUUGCUGCCUUUUCAGUUGCCAUUUGCCUACCCAAACUCCAAUUACGGAAGUGAACGAAAAUGACGUUUUAAUUGCGACAUAUGCUGAUGACACUGCUGUCCUAACUAAAAGUACCAGUAUCUUGGCGGCUACUUUUGCUUUGCAAGAAUAUCUAGAUGCGUUUCACCAAUUGGCUAUGAACUGAAACAUCCGAAUAAAUGCGGACAAAUGUGCUAAUGUUACAUUUACUAAUCGAAGAAGUACCUGCCCUGGAGUUAAUCUUAAUGGAAGUCCAAUAAGAGCUUUUUCGGCAUAUAAAUACCUUGGUGUCACCCUGGAUAAAAAACUUACUUUUGGCAGACAUAUAACAUGUAUUCAAAAUUCUUUUAAAAACAAAGUUGCUCGGAUGGCCUGGUUACUUGCACCACGCAAUAAGCUUACGCUAGGAUGCAAGGUUCAAAUUUACAAAUCAAUUUUAGCGCCAAGCCUUUUCUACGGGCUACAGGUUUAUGGUAUCGCUGCCAAAACCCAUCUAAAUAAAAUCCGGGUUUUGCAAGCAAAAACCCUUAGAAGGAUCUCUGGAGCUCAAUAGACUUGGCACCGCAGCUAUUAACAAUGCCGAUCCACGAACUAGAGUCAGGAGAAGAUUAAAAAGAUUUCACCCUCAAGACCUACCAGACCGGAUCUUGACAUAAAAUUUUUACCAAACACACAUCAUAUCACAUUUCACAUUUUAUUUCUUUCCUUGUAAUCACAUCUUGCCCUAAGCACCGCUUAGACAUAGUUUUGUUAUUAAUUUGUUAAGACGAUUAGAUUAAGCUGCCAUUUGGGUAGCAGUGCGCUAAUCAUGAGAAUAAAAUUUCUACAUAUGUAUAUAAAAGUAAAAAAAAAAAAAGUUCUCUCUUCACUGUUUUUCUUUCUACUGACAAGGCUGGUUGUGCGCGCAUAAAAAACAAAUAAUAUACGAAAUUUGAUGCCAAAUAUGAAUUUCAAUCGUGCUGUACCAAUGCAUAGACAAUGUGAAGAAGAUCACCAAAGCUAAAAUUAACGGUAAUCGCUUCAUGUUGCAUUCUAUGGAAUUCCAAACAUCUGUAUGCAUACUUGUACGCAGACUUUUGCGUGUACAUUUUUUGUUGAAUAAUGUUUAAAAUUAAAAAUAAAAUAUAAAACAUUGUUU